GAAUUAUUCACCAAUAGAUGGAAAAAUAAUGAAAAGUUUUAGUAUUCUAGUAAAAAUUUAUCCAAAUAGUUUAAUGUCAAAUCAUUUAAAUGAUCGAUUAAUUGGAUUUGAAAUUCAAGCAAGAGGUCCAUUUGAUAUUGGUGAUAGAAUAUUGUCAACUAAUCCUAUUACUACUACAAUAUCACCACCAUUAACUUUGAUAAAAUUUCAUUUAAAACAUUAUAAUUUUAACAAUAAUAAAAGUAAAUUAUCAAUGCAUUUAAUAUAUGCCAAUAAAUCUGUUGAUGAUUCAAUAGUAAAUUUAAAAGAUUUCUAUUAUCAUUCAUUUAAUAACAAUAACACUAAUGAUAACACAAAUAUUGAUGAUGUAUUGUCAAUUACAUAUAUAUUUGAUAAAUUACCUGAUGACUUUUCUGCCAGUGAUACUGGAGAGGGAGAGGAAGAAUUACAAAGGAUAAAAAAAUCAGGGUUGGAAGGAAAAAUUGAUAAGGAUAUUUUAGAAAGUUGGUUCAAAGUUCGGAUGGAAGGAAGAUUUAAUUUCAUAAGUAGUAGACCUAAUAGUAAAAUUUUUGUGUGUGGACCUAAUAGUAUGAUGAUUUCAAUUGAUCAAAUAUUACAUGAUAUGAAUUUUAAUGAAAAUGAUUAUAUUCUAUUAACAUGA